ACCAGCCUUUUAUUGUUUUGGUAAAGAUCGUAAACACAUAAGCUGUAAUCAGCCAUGGUCUCUGAUGAGAGAAGAGCUUCCCCCAACACAAGCUCAGAGAGAGCCACUUAUGGGUUUGUGCUGUACCUAGGAUCCUACCUACUGCUAGGUGUGUUUCUGCUCUGGGCGUUCCUCCCCAACGAUUGGCUGACCUUCAUUGGAUUCAGCUACUACCCUCAGAAGUACUGGGCUGUUGCAGUGCCUGUGUUUGGCUGUGUGUGCUUCACAAUGAUCUUCUUUCUCUACAUUGGAGCCAACCUUCUCAUGGUACCAGCACCAGAUGAUCUCAGGAACAUUACUGAUUCCUACUCCCUACCACCCCAACCGGCCAGUAUUGGUACGUCUGUACCACCUCUCUAUGACAUACCCAUCACUGAGGUCAACAAGCUCAUGUUUGCAAAGAAGCACUGAUCAAUCCACUACCUGAUUGUGUGGGAGAGCUCUGGAGAACAUUACAUGGAGAACAUUAAAUCGAACAAUUAUUUUAUAGCCCUCCAACUGGACCAAUAUUUAUCCUUGCUGCAUUUGUGUAUGGUGCUAAUAGUUAGGGUUGGGUACUGUACCCCCUUCUUUCUUUCUUUGUUCCUCCAAUUCCUCCCGUAUUUUUCCGAAUUUUUGAUUAAUUUCUGCUGUUUCUAAUGAGAGUAAAAUCGCCAAAA